CGUCAUUCCUUGUUCUUUCCGCUCGAUAUAGAUAUAUACACGGUAGUCUGUCGUCUCGGAGUAAGUACACGUAGGGAGUGAGUAUCGGGGAGCCUCCAUUAUUAUAGUAAAAACCGGUAGAAACCGUAUGGUUUGGUGUGUACUUAUUAAGAGAAAGAAAGAAGAAGGGGUGUUAGUUCGUCGUACGUUUGGUGUGUUAACAAUAACGCGGGGCGGGGCUACUUUGUAACGAAAUUUUUGACAUUAAUCGCGCGCCGUUAUUUCUCGACAAAAUGAAUUGAGUUUUUAACCGAGCGCUCGUUUUUUUUUACCUCUAAGCAAGCAUUCCUUAUCUCUUAUUAUUAUUAUUAUUAUUAUUAUCAUUACUCUUCUUCUUCUUCUUCUUCUUCGUCGUCGUCGUCGCGUUAGUUUGGAAUUUGACAAGAGAACGAAAUCAUGGAGGACGAUCUGCCAACCGAGUACGAUGUUGUAGUUGUUGGAACAGGUAUGACGGAAUCGAUCGUUGCCGCGGCGGCCAGCAGGAUAGGCAAAAAGGUUUUACAUCUGGACAGCAACGAAUAUUAUGGCGGACUUUGGGCAACAUUUAAUUUUGAUGGCUUACAAAAAUGGAUAGAAGAUCUAAAAACUGCCAAGAACAAUACAAGAGAUACUAAAGUUGAUUUAGAAGACGGACAAAUAUUUUUAAAGGCUAGUGAUCAAUAUUCAGCUGUUGAGAAUAUCGAAGAAACUUGGUAUAUUUCAAAUGAUGCAGAUCUACCUGUUCUAUCCUCAAAAGAUACGCAGACAGAUGGAACUGGAGAUAGCGUUGGUAACGAAGGCGCAGAGAAAACUGAUGAAGAUAACACAGAGAAAAAAGAAAUUGUCAAACAUUGGAGUAUAGAUCGCAUAAAAAAAGAAUACAGAAGAUUCAACAUUGACUUGGCACCAAAAUUACUAUUCGCACGUGGUAAAUUGGUCGAAUUGCUGAUCUCAAGCAAUAUUGCACGUUAUGCAGAAUUUCGUGCAGUAUCCAGAGUUGCUACAUACAUGGAUGGCAAAUUAACUCAAGUUCCAUGUUCACGCGCAGACGUAUUCGCUAAUAAAACUGUUAGCGUCAUAGAGAAGAGAAUGUUGAUGCAACUUUUAACAUCUUGUAUGGAACAGGGAGCCGAUAGCCCAGAGUUUGAUGGUUUUCGCGAUAAGACAUUUUUAGAAUAUCUCAAUACAAAAAAUCUUACCCCGAUAGUACAGCACUACGUUGUGCAGGCCAUCGCUAUGGUAACAGACAAAACAUCUUGCAGAGAUGGUGUUAAUCGCACAAAGCAUUUCCUUAACAGUCUUGGACGUUAUGGAAAUACUCCUUUCUUAUGGCCUAUGUACGGUAGUGGAGAAUUACCUCAAUGUUUCUGCAGAUUAUGUGCUGUAUUUGGUGGAGUAUAUUGCUUGAAAAGACAGUUGGAUGGCGUAGUAAUUAAUGAAGAUAAAUGCAAAGCUAUUAUAACUGGAAAACAGAGACUGGCUUUGGAGCAUUUAGUUGUAGGACAAGGACACUUGCCACCAGAAAUUGUAGCUUUUGAGGGUGAACAACAAAUUUCCCGAGGAAUUUUUAUUACAGAUAGGUCAAUUAUGCAAGGAGAAAAGGAAAAUUUAACUCUUUUGUAUUAUCCACCGGAAGAGCCAGGACAAGAACCUGUUACUUUGAUCGAAUUGGGACCAUCUACUAAUGCUUGUCCACAAGGUUUAUUUAUGGUUCACAUGACAUGCAAACGUACUAAAACGGCAAAGGAAGAUUUAGAAUACAUGGUAAAGAAAUUUUUGAGAUCUGAAAUGGUAGAACCUAGUCUUGGACGUAGUUCAACAGAUUCUCAUACUCAAACAGUUUCACCAGAUAAACGACACCUGCAGGAAGGUAAUCAACAAGAUUAUGAGCCAAAUGAGGAAGAUUUAAAACCCCAAAUAUUAUGGUCAUUAUACUUAAAUUUACCAGCAAGCGACAUCAAAUUAAAUGAUACAGCACCGAGCAACAUAUAUUUGUGUUCUGGACCGGAUUUGGAAUUAGAUUUUGACUUUGCAGUUGAUCAAGCAAAGGAAAUAUUCAAAUCCAUGUAUCCGGAUGACGAUUUCUUACCACGUGCACCGGAUCCAGAGGAAAUAGUUUUAGAAGGUGACGAAGCACCUGGACCGAAAUUCGAAGGAGAUACGCAAGUAGACGGAGAGGAGAAACAAGAUGUUGAGAAGGCAGAGAAGGAAGAAUGAAAUAAUUAACAUAUUGCUUCAACAGUGUUACAAGAGAAAAUAAGGCUUGCGCCCUUAGUGUCUUCUACCUUCAUCGUUAUUACGUUUCACUUAUAUAUUCAAGAAAUAGCCGGUUCACCAUUCAUGUAAGAGUAGCAAAUACAAGCAAAAAUGGCUUUAGAGAAAUGUUACUAUCCCAUUUUUAAAACUGAGUUUAUACAUUUGUCAGAUUUCACUCCAAGUCCAGUUUUUAAAUGAUAGAUUUUGCCAUUACAUGCUUUUGCAUUAAUUCAUCUAUAAGAUUAAUCUUUAAGAUUAAUAAAAAAAAUAUAAAUAAAAUACGAAAUACAAUAUACAAAAAUUAACCCAAAAAUGGAUAAAAAUAAUAAGAAGAAACCAUAGAAAUGUCAAUAUAUAAUGAUGAUGCAUGUAAAGGAGAAGGAAGAAGUCUCAGGCACGCUCCUUUUUGUGAACACAGUGACGAGUAUUGGACAGUACAUGAUCGUAUCACCCGAUAAGUGUCAAAAUUUACGGUUGCAUUUAUAUUCGUACUUAUUGCCAUUAUUCGAAUUGACAUAAUAUAAGAAUGUAGUGAGUCAA